UCCAGUUCGGAGACAUGACACUGAAUGAAGACUAGGCGACUUUCCGCGGACAGCAUGGGGCUUUUAUCCGACUUGUAAACACGACUGGAAUAAACCCAACGCAGCACCAUUUUGGAACAUCUUCACAUCUUCAGCGUCGACUGUUUGGUUUGUUGUUGCUUCUUGGGGCUUUAAAAAAAGAACGAAGGAAAAAGAAAAAGAAAAAGGUGGAACCUGGCACUUUAGGCACUUAAAAGCUAGCAGGAGUUUGUUGUCGGAUUGACAAUGUGUGUGUGAGCAGCGCCUGAGCUCGGUGGACUCCCUGAUGCGGUGUGAGUCCGAGCGGCUCCGUGGUUCCGCACAGCCGCCCUCGGCGCGCCCAAAGCCGGCCUCGGUGUGAGCGGGGACUCGGUGCUGCGCCGCCACCUCCACCACCAACAGCUACCACCUUCUCUUCCUCCUCCUCAUCCUCUUCCACCUCGUUCUCAUGGCCCAGCGGUACGAGGAUCUGGUGCAUUACGGAGGGGACGGGCUCGGGAUCCCGGCCCCGGCGGUGUAUGGCGAGCCUCACGCAGCGGCGCGCGCCAUGCACGCGGUUCACGGGGGUCCCGGUCCCGCUGCCGCGCUGCACGCGCACCACUAUCCACUGGCGGCGUCUGCCGGCGUGGGCUCGGCUGUUAACGACGCGCUAAAGCGUGACAAAGACGCCGUUUAUGGACACCCGCUGUUUCCUCUGCUUGCACUGGUUUUUGAGAAAUGUGAAUUAGCCACAUGUACACCGAGGGAGAGCGGCCUGGCGGCUGAUGUCUGCUCAUCCGCAUCCUUCGACGAGGACAUUACCGUGUUUUCAAAACAGAUAAGAACAGAAAAACCAUUCUUCACGCCCAAUCCAGACUUGGAUAACCUGAUGGUACAAGCUAUACAAGUGCUCCGUUUUCAUCUUUUAGAAUUAGAGAAGGUCCACGAGCUUUGCGAUAAUUUCUGUCACCGGUACAUCAGCUGUCUGAAAGGCAAGAUGCCGAUGGACCUGGUGGUGGAUGACAGAGAAGGAUCUUCUAAAUCCGACAGCGAGGAAUUCAGUCGAAACUCCGGCGGCCCCGCGGAUCAAAUGUGCUGGAGGGAAGAUGACUCCGUCUCCGUUCACUCCACCGAAGGCCCUGCACCCUGCGGUGGACGUUCCAGUUCUCUCAACGGAGACAACAGUAGUGAACAUGGUGACCUUUUGGACCACGGUGCUGCUUCUCCGAGCACAGGGGACGAUGACGAGACGGACAAGGACAGGAGGAACAACAAAAAACGAGGGAUUUUCCCUAAAGUGGCAACCAACAUCAUGCGAGCAUGGCUGUUCCAACACCUAACACACCCGUACCCGUCUGAAGAGCAGAAGAAGCAGCUAGCGCAGGAUACGGGACUCACCAUCCUCCAGGUCAACAACUGGUUCAUCAACGCCCGGAGGAGGAUAGUGCAGCCGAUGAUCGAUCAGUCGAACCGUGCAGUGGGUCAUGGUGGGCCCUACACUCCUGACAGUCAGCCCAUGGGAGGCUACAUGUUGGACGGACAGGCUCACAUGGCUGCCAGAGCCCCAGGUUCAUUGGGAAUGGGGAUGGACAGUCAGUGGCACUACAUGUAACCAAUGUCUAAUGCAUCUUAACACCUACCGAGGUGUCAGCACCAAAGAUGGCGAAUCGUCAACGCUACAAAUCCCAGAAGCCUGAUAAAUUACCUCUCCGUGGCUUAAGGAAUGCAAGUGCCUCGCUGCCACCAUAGAGACUGCUGCAGCAGGCCGUUACAGCCGUCUCGUUCAAAAUGGCCGCCCCAGCUGGAGUCUGCUGAGGACGGGGACAUCAAUCAUAAUGGGUCAAAAAAUAAAUAAAUAAAAUAAAACCAUAAAAAUGCUCCUCUACUACUCCGAGCCUUACCUGCUGUAGGCCUGGAGACAAAGACUGAACUGCCUUAAAGGAUAAAGUCUCUGGAGUUAAACCUCAAAGCUAUUUUUUAUCCAGGUGUUUAAAUGGUUUUAUUGUGUUGCUUUGUCAAAUUCUAGGAUUUAGAUUUAAGGCCCAAAAAUGACCUCCUGUAAUUGGCUAAGAGGAAGUAGUUUAAUAGCAUUAGCAAAAAACGUAUAAGUUAUAAGUAUCACAUUUUGUGAAUUAUUAAUGUAUUCACCAAAUAUUUUACUCUGAAUGGUUAUUUAUAUAGAAGGUCUAAAGCAGAGAUUCAAUAGCAGCCUUGUAUCGGGAGUUACAAGAGGAUAUCCUUAGUUACGGCAUCAGCUUCCUUAGUUACAACAUCAGCUUCCUUAGUUACAGCAACAACUUCCUUAGUCACAGCAUCAGCUUCCUUAGUUACAGCAUCAGCUUCCUUAGUUAUAGCGACAACUUCCUUAGUCAUAGCAUCAACUUCCUUAGUCAUAGCAUCAACUUCCUGAUUACAGCGACAACUUCUCUGAUUACAGCAACAACAUCCUUAGUCACAGCAUCAACUUCCUUAGUCACAGCAACAACUUCCUUAGUUACAGCAACAACAUCCUUAGUCACAGCAACAACUUCCUUAGUCACAGCAACAACUUCCUUAGUCACAGCAACAACUUCCUUAGUCACAGCAACAACUUCCCUAGUUACAGCAUCAACUUCCCUGAUUACAGCAACAACUUCCCUGAUUACAGCAACAACUUCCUUAGUUACAGCAACAACUUCCUUAGUUACAGCAACAACUUCCUUAGUCACAGCAACAACUUCCCUAGUUACAGCAUCAACUUCCUUGAUUACAGCAACAACUUCCUUAGUCACAGCAACAACUUCUCUGAUUACAGCAAUAACUUCCUCAGUCACAGCAUCAACUUCCUUAAUUUCAACAUUAACUUCAUUGUAACUUGACCAGCUUCUAUAGUUGCCUAAAAGGCAGCUGAUGCUCACUGGAUGAACGUGCUGAUUUCUAAAGGCUCGUUCUCCAGUGUUGUUGAUCUGUUUGCUGCACGUGUUGAGAAUAGCAUGUUUACGUGUCUCUGUAUAAACCGUAGCUUUGCUCCAGCUUACAUUUAGUAAUUCGGUACUUGGGCCCCUCGGAUGGCUUUGUGCAGGUGAAGUGGGAACUGUGAGAGAGGAUAAACUGGCUGAUGUACAGAAACGCGCCACUAUCAAGAGAUGAGCUAACAUCUUGUGUGAAACUCACAGACGUAAUAACACAAUCGGUCCAAAAAAAAAAGCAGUAUGUGGCCUGAUUUUAGCGACACAUCCCACUGAAACGUAUCGGAGGUCACGUUUGUGCUUUCUCAAAUCCACCCCAAACCACGCUGAAUAAAAUCUGCAUUUUGAGGUUUAACAGUGACCUUCUCACCAGCAGCAGGAGGACCUGCACACAUUUUAAGGAUCUACGCGGAAGUGAACACAAAAAAAAAACACGGCAAGGCCUGGAGAAGGACACCGCAACAAAAAUAAAAAAUAAAACAAAGUAAACGAAAAUAAAAUGCUUGUAUUGAUGAUAAGGUUUGAUUUUAGAUGACAUAGGCACUAAGCUUGCAAAAUUUUAAGGUUGAUUGUAUAAUUUUGUAGUGCUGCACACACCAAAUGCAAUGAUGUUUACCUUUACAAUUACGCCGCAGAUGCACAGAUGUUUUUUAAAAAAAAAAAAUAUGAAUGUUUAUUGCGUUUCUGCUGCUUUGCAUAUCUCUCAAACGAGUGACGGUGCUCAAAGAAAACCCGGUAAAAAAACCAUGAUUGUAAAUGUUCUGGUUGGCGUCGGUACACCAUGUUCUGUAUUUUCCGCACUAUGUGUGUUUGUGUGUGAGUGCGUGUGCUGUUUUCAUAAAACUUUUUACCUCAAUA